AUGGACCGCGGAGCUGCUGCUGCCCAGGGCACUGUCCGGGCUCAGGAUGGAGAGCAGCCCGCGGAGUCUCCGGAGGCGCCGCCGCCGUGGCCGCCGCCGCCGCUGGCUCCGCCGCCGCUCCUCCGGCCUUCCCCAGAACCGGUACCAGAGCCCUGUCCAGAGCCUGCUCCAGGAUCUUCUCUGGAGGUGACCUCAGAACCAGAACUAGAACUACACACAGAACCGACUGCAGCUCCAGAGUCCAGUCCGAAGCCGAGUCCAGCACCAUGUCUAUUGCCGUGUCCGGUGGACACUCGAGAGAAGGGUCUAAAGACCCAGUUAUCUCCAUCACUCCGAUCGUCAAUGUCGUGGUCCAGAAUAAAGAUACCUGCAGCAGAAAACAACCCUUUCCUUGUUGGAAUGCACUAUUGGUACUACAGCUACAGCCACCGGACACAGCACUGCAAUGUUUGUCGAGAGAGCAUUCCUGCCUUAUCUAGAGAUUCUAUCAUCUGUGAAGUGUGCAAAGUGAAAUCUCACGGACUAUGUGCUUUGAGAGCAAGCAAAGACUGCAAGUGGAAUACAUUGUCUAUCACUGAUGACCUCCUGCCUGCAGAUGAAAUAACCAUGCCCCAUCAAUGGGUAGAAGGAAACAUGCCUGUCAGCUCUCAGUGUACAGUAUGUCAUGAGAGCUGUGGCAGUUAUCAGAGACUUCAAGACUUCCGCUGUCUGUGGUGUAAUUCUACGGUGCAUGAUGACUGUAGGAGACGGUUUUCCAAGGAAUGUUGCUUCGGAAGUCAUCGCUCAUCAGUCAUUCCUCCCACUGCUCUAAGCAACCCCAAAGGCGAUGGAGAAUUGGUAACCUCUGCCGACUUCUGGAAUCUUAAUUGGUCAUCAGCCUGUUCAUGCCCCCUGCUCAUCUUCAUCAACUCCAAAAGUGGUGAUCAUCAAGGCAUCAUCUUCCUCCGAAAAUUUAAACAAUACCUUAAUCCGUCUCAAGUGUUUGACUUGGCGAAGGGUGGACCUGAAGCCGGGCUAUGCAUGUUCAAGAACUUCGCUCGCUUUCGCGUUCUGGUUUGUGGUGGAGACGGCAGCGUAAGCUGGGUCUUAUCUCUGAUUGAUGCCUUUGGACUACAUGAAAGGUGUCAGCUGGCAGUCAUCCCACUUGGAACUGGCAAUGAUCUGGCCUAUGUCCUGGGCUGGGGUGCAUUCUGGAACAAAAGAAAAUCUCCUCUGGACAUCCUCAACAGAGUGGAGCAGGCUAAUGUGAGGAUUCUAGACAGAUGGAGUGUGAUGAUUCGUGAGACACCCAGACAAACCCUGCUGCUAAAAGGACAGGUUGAAAUGGAUGUACCACGAUUUGAGGCUGCCGCCGUCCAACACUUAGAAUCAGCAGCCACUGAGUUGAACAAAAUCCUGAAGGCCAAAUACCCAACGGAGAUAAUCAUCGCAACCAGAUUCCUGUGUUCAGCAGUGGAAGAUUUUGUGGCUGAUAUUGUGAAGGCCUGGGGUCAGAUAAAACAGAACAAUAUAGCAAUAGAGUCUGUGAUUUUGAAAAGUGAUAUAAUGUAUGAUAAGCUCAGUGUCCUGACUGAUGUCCUGGCUGGGGAGUCAGCAGCUACCUCUGCUGAGAAGAGCACAGACAGCAGCAAGGCAGAUGGAAAGCCCUUCGUUCCUCAAAUAGACCACAUAACCAAGUGCAAGUUGGAGCUGGCCACAAAGGCCCAGAAUCUCCAGAAAUCCUUGAAACUCAUCAUAUUCCAAGUUGAACAAGUUCUGGAUGAGGAAAGCAGACAGACAAUAUCUAUUAAGAACUUUGCUUCAACUUUCUUCCUGGAAGAUGACUCAGAUGAUAUUAACCAGAUGAGCCCAAGACAUGGUACUUGUGGUAGUAAUCUAUCUUUUAUAUCUUCUCUCAAAAGUGAGGACCUAGAUAACCUCAACUUGGAAUACUUACAUUUUACGCCAGAAACUAUAUGCUUCAAAGAAAAAUGUGUCAUGAACAACUACUUUGGAAUUGGACUGGAUGCUAAAAUUUCUCUGGAUUUCAACACCAGAAGAAAUGAACACCCAGGACAAUACAAUAGCCGCCUUAAGAACAAGAUGUGGUAUGGCCUUCUGGGAGGCAAGGAACUUCUGCAGCACUCUUACAGGAAACUGGAAGAACGUGUGUACCUGGAGUGUGAUGGAGAAACCAUCUCCUUGCCAAACCUACAAGGCAUUGUAGUGCUCAACAUUACUAGCUAUGCUGGAGGCAUCAACUUCUGGGGAAGCAACACAGCAACAACAGAAUAUGAGGCUCCUGCAAUAGAUGAUGGGAAGCUGGAGGUGGUGGCAAUCUUUGGUUCUGUGCAGAUGGCAAUGUCCCGAAUCAUCAACCUGCAUCAUCAUCGCAUCGCCCAGUGCCAUGAGGUGAUGAUAACCAUUGAUGGUGAAGAAGGUAUCCCAGUGCAAGUGGAUGGGGAAGCCUGGGUUCAGAAGCCAGGUCUUAUCAAGAUUAGAUACAAGAAUGCUGUGCAGAUGCUGACAAGAAAUCGGGACUUUGAGAACUCAAUGAAAAUGUGGGAAUGCAAGCAUACUGAAAUUCAAGCUUCCCCUCAACCCCAGCUGGACUCCCAGGAAUCUCAACAUAGCCUCUCUGAUGAAGAGUAUGCCCAGAUACAGCAUUUAGCUCAGCUUGCAGAAAAUCUCAUCAGCAGACUUAAUGACCUGAGCAAGGUCCACCAGCAUGUGUCUGUCCUCAUGGAUUCUGUGAAUGCCAGUGCUAACAUCCUGAAUGAUGUAUUUUAUGGCCAAGACAGUGGCAAUGAGGCAGGUGCAACUUCCUGUACUCCAAUUAAGACUAUAAGCAGAAAUGAUGCAGUAGAUGUUACAUUUAGUCUUAAAAGGCUCUAUGAUGACACCAAAGCUUUCCUGGAUGAAAACUUGCUAAGAAAUGUGAAGGAUGAGGCCAUACUACAAACCACCCUGGAUGCCAUCAAUAAGGAGUUUGAAAAGCUAUCUGAGAUCUACUGGAUGAAUCCAAUCCUUGUUCCAGAGGAAAAAUCUUCAUACACUGACAGUAGAAGCCUCAGGUUGAAAAUUAAGUUCCCCAAAUUGGGGAAGAAGCAACUAGAAGAGGAAGACAAGCCUAAAUCAGGCCAAGGAGUCCAGGGUUUUAUUUGUAAUUUGUGGCACCACAGAAAUCGUGAAGAUGAAGCGAAAGAUGAUCCUCCAAAACCAUGA